GACAUCUCCCGUUUUGAGCAACUGUAAACUUCAAAAACAUUUACUUUAAAACGAAAGUGCGCCCGAAAAUGUCUAAGAAUCCACUUCGAUCGUUCAUACAACCUGUAAUUCUUCGCCGCCUGUGUGAUAAGCCCAAGUUGAGCAACAAACCCUCGAACACCCCUCGCCCACCGAAGGAUCCACCGGAUGAGGGCUACAAGCCGACCAGUGUCGACCACAAUGGGAUCGAUGUGCCGCCGUUUGUGAGACCCUCUUCCUUCCGCCAGUUCAGUGGACCGGAUGAGAAGCUAGGACCAGGAGCAGGAAAAGCGCUGCCCUACAAAAACCCAACUUACUUUGGCUAUCAUCGGUUCUCGUUUAUGGAGCUCACGGCCACGGCUGUGGAGUUACGAGACGAACGUCGAUUGGACGGAGGACUACAGGCAGCCAUCGAAGCCGACGAAGAAACCGAGUGUGGCGAGGCCCAACUGGAGACCAUGAAGAAGCUGGAGGGCGAGUGCGAUGCGAUACUCUCCAACCAAGCCAAGAAAAUCCAGCAGGCCAAGUCUUCGGCCGAGGAGAAGUGUCUUCAGGAGAUGAGCGAGGAGGAGCUGAAGGAGUGGUGCAAGAAAAAGGAGGAGGACAUCAAAAAGAAGGAGCAGGAAAAGAAGGAGUGCAAGUCCUCGCCCAAGGAGAAGAAAAUCCAGGACAUGAGCGAGGAGGAACUGAAAGCUUGGUGCCAGAAGAAGGAAGAGGACAUUAAAAAGAAGGAGCAGGAAAAGGAGAAGAAAAUUCAGGACAUGAGCGAGGAAGAACUGAAAGCUUGGUGCCAGAAGAAGGAAGAGGACAUCAAAAAGAAGGAACAACAAAAGAAGGACGAAGAAACGAAGGCAUGUGCGGAAAAACCAAAGUGUGAAGGCGAUGAAAACAAAAAGGAUUAAAGAAAGCAGACUGCGUAACUUUGGAAAAUGUACAAUAUUGUUCAAAAAUGUACGUUAUUUGGUAGCUUAAUAAAUGAGUUGUAGUUUAA